AUGGCCUCCAAGAGCCCGGCACCCUCGGGCUUGUGGUGCCUCAAGCAGGCUUUUAAAGGGACUUACUGGAGAACAUUAACGGAUCAAGAGGUUCCAGAGGUUGACUUGACUGGGAAAUGGGUCAUAAUAACUGGUGCAAAUAGUGGCAUUGGUUUCGAGGCUGCGAAAACAUUUGCCAAGAUGGGUGCGAACUUGGUUCUUGGUUGCCGAAACCCUCCAAAGUGGGAGUUACACCCUUCUAUUGCCGCAGAACAGUGCCUGGAGAUAGCCGAGUCCGCUGGCCAUUCAUCGUCCAUCGAGUGGUGGGAGAUCGACAUGGCGGACUUGAGCAGUGUCGAUGCGUUUGCUGAAAGAUGGCUCUCUACUCAGCGUGCUUUAGACUUGCUAUGCAACAAUGCUGGGAUGCCUGGUUUCCCUUCAAACAUCAAAAAUAACUUUACCAAAGAUGGGUUUGAAAUAAUACAUCAGGUUAACUUUCUUUCCCAUACUCUUCUGACUCUUCGGCUUCUCGAAUCUAUAGCCCGAAGCAAGGAACCUCGAAUUGUUUGCACAACCUCUUGCAUGCAUUACCUUGGAAAAUAUGAUCUGAACAACUUUAAUGGAGAGGGUGCUUCAAAAGGAGAGCCUUAUCCAAACAACAAACUAUAUUAUCAAAUGUGGAUCGUUGAACUGCAGCGUCGCCUUCUUCUGCAGGAUAAAUACAAACAUAUCGUUGUGAAUGGUUUGCACCCUGGAUAUGUCAAUAGCAGUAUCUGGAAUCACCUGAGCUUUGGCACAGGAGGAAAUCUGGACGCAAAACUGUUUCUGUUUCUAGCCCACUGGCUAGCAAUCACCCCCUUCCAAGGCAGUCGGAGUAUUGUAUACGUCGCAACUAGUCCUGAGUUUGGUCCUGAUCCCAAAACCCAAGGGAUUGGAUCGGUGGGGGCUACCGGUGGUGGGCACUAUAUCAAUCGCAUAUGGCGAGACACGCCAAUGCCUCUCUGUGAAGACGCACAAGCAAGACUGGCGGUGUGGGCGAAGGUAUCCGAGGAGCUUCAGUCCAAGGAAAGAGUCCCAAAUAUCCUGGAAACAAUAUGA